AUGAUCGACCGUGCGACGCGCUGGCCUGAAGCCUAUCCAGUCCGUGAUAUCACCGCAGAGGAAACCGCGAAGACACUGUACGACGGCUGGAUAUCACGAUUUGGCUGUCCCGCGAAGAUAACGACAGACCAAGGAAGACAGUUCGAGAGUCAGCUGAUGGCCUGUCUCACUCGUACAAUGGGAAUAGAGAAAAUUCGCACUACGCCCUAUCACCCGCAAUCGAACGGAAUCAUCGAACGAUGGCACCGAUCCAUGAAGGCAGCUAUAGUAGCUCGAUUAACUCCUAACUCUAACUGGAUUAUCGAGUUACCCACCGUGCUACUCGGACUACGCGCAGCCACACGAAGCGACACCGGUGUAAGCGCCGCCGAGCUAACAUACGGCUGCACACUACGCUUACCCGGUGAAUUUUUCACUCCGCCGUCAGCCACGCCUACCAUUAUGGAUUACGCCUACGUAGAAGACCUACGCCGAGCAAUCAACAGCCUACGACCAAUACCUACAGAGCCACAUAACAACAGCAGAGCAGUUUUCGUCCAUCCGCACCUACAAACUUGCGAGAGCGUAUUCAUGAGAGUAGAUGCCGUAAGGAAACCUCUAACAGCGCCGUAUGAAGGUCCUUAUCGUGUACUAUCGCGCACGGAUAAGUUUUUCACACUCCAGUUGCCAAAUCGACAAGCAACAGUGUCGAUAGACCGCCUGAAACCGGCCUACAUUCUCAAUGAAGACGAACCGACCGAAGAUACGACUACACCUGCAUCGCCUGAGAAGAACGCUCAUCAUACCAGUCCUCCACCAUCGAAUCGACCUACAUCGAGCACAGAAGAGAAGAAGACGCAGUCUGGCCGCAUUGUCAAGAGGCCGGUACGCUUCGCUUGA